UGACGUUAGUUUUCUAAGGCAGGAUGGCAGCUGAACGGGUCGUAAAGGUACAGCAACGCAGUCUGUAACAUAACCAACAAUCAUCACAAACUCCCGUUUUAAAGAGAAGGACCGACAGAUUUCGCUAAGGGACGCCUUUUGUACCAACCGGCGGAGGUGUUUGAGUUAAUCGGCGGACGGUAACCUUUAACCUUGCGGAUAUUUUGUGUUCUUUUUCACCAAGAGAGAAAAAGAUCCGUGUCCGGAUGUGCCAGCAGUAACGUUAUUGGGUUUUUCGCAUGGCGUAGGCACCUUUUCUAAAGCAGGAUAUUCUUGAUGUUUGGAGGGUCGGAGGAGGCCCUCGGGUCGACAGAUUAUCACGCUAACAUUAACUAUACCUCAAAAUUUCCCAAUUUGUGUGGAAAAUGAUCAACGAAAUGAUUGUGCAAUAGAGAGAAGGAAGCGUCGUAAAACGUCUUGACUACCUCGGUGUAGUGACUGUGGAGAGAGCAAGUCACCGGGAAUACAUUGUGUUUUUGUUUCCUGCUCUAAGCCAUAAAAAAAAACGUUUGUUGAGCUCCAACAAGGAAGACGAAAAGGGGAUAUUUGUGUUCUCAUCUUGUGUUGUGUGUGUGAACCCCUCCGAGGACCGGGCAAAACCUUCACGAUGACGGGCAGCACCCCAGCGGACAUGAUAAACCUGCGGCUUAUUUUAGUCAGCGGAAAGACAAAAGAAUUCUUCUUCUCUCCCAAUGACUCAGCAGCGGACAUUGCCAAACACGUCUAUGACAACUGGCCGAUGGACUGGGAGGAAGAGCAGGUCAGCAGUCCUAACAUCCUGAGGCUGAUCUACCAGGGCCGGUUUCUACAUGGCAACGUAACACUAGGAGCUCUCAAACUGCCCUUGGGGAAGACCACAGUGAUGCAUUUAGUUGCCAGAGAGACUUUGCCUGAGCCAAAUUCCCAAGGUAACCAGCCCCUUCUUUCCUUUCAAUAGGCCUUUUCACACACUGAACAACUCCAAACAGUCUGCUCCCAGCCAUUAUUUAUCUCUACACAUGGCUUCUGUUUUAGGAACAGCCAGUGGUGCAAAUAAUUGGCUCCCUUAAAUGUAUCCCCAAGAUACAGCACAUUGUGUAGAAUAAACAGCAGAUAUAAAUCAUAUUAGGUGACAGGUCUCCUUUUUGUGACUGUGUAAUGGAAGGUAUGUAUGUAUGUACUAUGUAUGUAUGUACUGUAUUUAUGUACAGUAUGUAUGUAUGUAUGUAUGUAUGUAUGUAGUUGAGAUGAACAUCUAAGGUCGCACAAACUCUAGUUAUUGACUGUGCUCAAUUUGCUAUGCAUUCUGGGUAAAAUAAGCCCAAGGAAACGGUCAGACUGUUGUUGUUGUUGUUGUUGUUGUUGUUGUUGUAAAAGCCUGACCAGGGACAAGGACUGCAAAUUAGCAGAGGCUAGACGUCCUAAACACCUUUCAUCUUUCACAUCUGGUUGUGAUAAUGUUCUAGGUAUUAUUCCUGGUAAAUAAUUUUAAAAAGAAGAAGAAAAAAAAGGUAAAAUAAACACUUACCUUAGUUUACUUCAGAAGAAAACCUGUGCAUUGUGGAAGAACAAUUACAAGACAAAGUUUAGUUAUAGGUUAAGGAAAAAUCUGAAUUAUUUUUUCUAAAAUGGUUACUGUGUUCUAGAAAAACACAAGACAAUCAACAUUGCUAGCACACCACAAAUACAGCCAUGUUUUCCCUCUUUUGUCAGUAGCAAGGAAGUGACGAUGUUAAACACAUCUCUAAAUUCUGAGAUCACCUGGAUGUUUAGUGGUAGAGUUUUUAUUAUUAUUUAUUAUCUUUGUCUUGAUGAAACCGUCUUAGACAACUCUAACAGAAAAACCUAAGUUGGCGUGUUGCUUCAGGUAUCGGUGAGAUGUGAAAUACAAUCCAGGAUGUUGAGUUUGAAGACUUAUCAGAUGCCAUAAUGCUGCACAGUGGUUUAUGAUACUCUGAGAGCUAUUUUGUCUUUCAAUCGCGAGUUAAAUUGAGAAAUAAAGCAUUCACGUUACAGAGUAAUCUGCCAGGAACGUGUACUUGAAUGUAUUUGAUUGGCCAACAUAGCCACUUGUCAGAUGAUGACCUUGAUUGACUGUGUAGAAUCAGUUUUUGAUGAUGAUAAUUGAUUUGUGUGU